AUGUUGGAAACAGGAUUUUUUAUUACUAUUUUAGUAAUUCGUACUUUUGUUUUAAUAUUUUCUAUUAUCUCAGUUAUUCUUAUUUUGGUUGGACCAGGUUUUUGUAUAACAAAAACAUACCAAAUUCUUGGAUCAGAAGUUAAAUGUUACAGAUUUAGUGUAAAAUAUUGGAAUUUAGUAUCAGAUAUAAUAUACAUUCAGAUUCCAAUUAUUGUUUUAACAUUUUUUCUUUCUGCUUUUAAUUUUGCUGUCGUUAUAUGUAUACAAUUUUAUCACUUUAAAAUAUCACAAAUAUUAUUUAUACUAAUUAGUACAAUAACAUGGAUAAUCUUUUUACUUUCUACAUGUGGAGAGUUAGCUCUAGUAUUAUCAUUUGAAUAUGAUCAGGUACAACCAUUUAGUGAAGAAAUAUCAUCAACAGGAUAUUUAAUUGCAGCAAUACUAUAUUUAGCAUCAUUUAUUUUAAUAUUAUUUGAAAUUAUUAUUUUUUUUAUAAAAUGGAAUAACUUUUUUAAAUAUACUUAA